AUGUUCUCAAUUAUGCUACGAACAAAUAAACAAUCAACAAAUAAUGUUUUAUAUUUUUUACAUAUACUCUUUUUAUUACAUAUAUACACAGCAUUUUUAACUAUUGUUAAUUCAUUAAACAAUAAUGAUAAUGAAGCAAUUAUUCAGCUAUCUGUCGAUACAAUUCAUGUUGUUAAACCAUCUGAUCCUCGUUUCUCCAAUAUCGAAGAAAAUGCAAAUGAUGAUGAUGAAAAAGAAUUGCUUAUUGCAUUAUUAACUUCAUUUGAUGAUGAUUAUAAAAAUACAAAACAAAAUAAUCUGGAAAAUUCUUCUGAAACAAAGAUUAAUAAUGAAUUUUCAGAUUCAAAUAAUUGUACAUCAUCAACUGCAGCUACAAUUGCAUCAUCAUCAUCUGUAUCAAUACGUUUUAUUCCACCAUUGCUUGAUUUUGGUGAACAAUCAAUUGCUAUACCACGUAUGCAAACAGUACUAAUCAUUAAUGAUGAUCCUGAACCACUUGAACUUCAAUCAUUAUCUGGUACAACAGUUCAAUUUUAUUCAUCAUUUUUUACACAAAAAACUCUUUCAUCCAAUGGUGGAAAUACAUCGAUAAAUGUUUAUUAUUUACCACGAACACUUGGUCUUACAAAAAGCAUAUUUACAAUUAAGACCAAUCGUGGUACUUUACAUUAUUAUGUUAAUGGUAUUGGUACAAUAAGUCUAUUUCAUUUACGUCCAUUAAUUGGUGCAACAAUACCAUUAAAUUCAACAUUUGAAUAUAUUAUACAUUUCUAUAAUCCAUAUAAUUAUUCAAUAGAUAUUAAUGAAAUUUAUACAAGUGAUGAAAAUUUAAUAAUUGAAUUAUUAUCAUAUAAACAACAAAGAAAUAAAAUAAUAAAAACAUUUGAACAUAAAGAUCAAUGGCAUUUAGAACCUUAUCAAGUUAAACCAAUAAUAAAAAUAAAUUAUUUUGCUUAUAAAUUAGAACGUUUACAUGGAUUUUAUUGUAUUAAAACAAAUUCAAAUGAUACAAUUAUUGUACCUGUUGAAAUUAAUGUUGCAAAUCAUUUAAGUCUCUAUUCAAAUGUUGAUUUAUUAGAAUUUACUCCUGAUAAUUUAAUACGUUCAACAGCUAGACCAGUAACUAUACCAGUGUAUGUUAUUAAUAAUGGAAGAGAACCGGUGACUAUUAUUGAUGUUCGAGUUACAACAGCUAAUAUAAAUUAUGUAACAAUUCAUCAUGAAAAAGUUCAAGUACCUUCUAGUAUUAAUCAAUUAACUAAAAUAGCUGAAUUAACAAUUCAUCCACAUUUAAUUCCUAAUGAUAUUAAACGUGUUCGUGGUUCAGUUCAAGUAUAUACAUUAUCAACAACAACAUCAUCAUCAUCAUCAUCAUCAUCAGAUAGUGACCAACCUAUAUUACAAAUUCCAUUUCGUGCAACAAUAUUACAUGGUUCACUUGAUUAUGAUACAGGAGCAAGUUAUUUUUACAUUCCAGCAACUUCGACUGAUUCAGUUAGUGGUAAACUAGAAGAACAUCGAUUACUUAAAUUAAUAAAUCGAUUCAAUACGUCCAUAGUUCUAUUCAAUGUAACAACAGAUAAAUCCAACAUACUUGCACAAUAUAUUGACAUAAAACUUUUGGCACCGUACGUAUAUAUGAAACCAGGUCAAACGAAAUUUCCUAUAUCUGCUAAUAUUCUCAAACGAACAGCAUCAUCAGCACCAUUUAACAAUAUUGAAGCAUCACUUACAUUACAUACAAAUCUAUCAUUUUUUCAUUUACCUGUUUAUUUAUAUAAUGGAUUACUCAGCCUUAAUCCCGUAGUUGACGGUACAAAUGGCGGUAUUAGACGUAAUGACUCAAAUCUAUUCGAAUACUUCAUAGCAAGUAUACCGGUGAAUGCAUCACGUACAGUAAAAUUCACAUUAACAAAUAUAAAUCCAAUUGAUAUAAAUAUUGAAAAAAUAUCAUUAACAUUACCGAAAACAACUAUACAACUUGUUCAAAUGCAGUUUAUGAAUGGUAGUGAAAGUAAUGCCGUCUAUAAACGUAUAUAUCAUAAUAGUGAUAUAGUAGAACUUGUUAUUCCUGUUCGUCAUCAAGCAAUCUUUUCUUUAACAAUAAGUGGAUCAAGUGAUCCAUCAUUUUAUAAUGAAAUGAUUACUUUUAAAACACGUUAUGAAACUAUCAAUAUGAAUGUGAAAUAUCGUAUUAUUAGCGGAUCAAUUGAUCUUGAAAAUAAACUGCCGUUACAUAUUGAUGUAUUUCCAAAUCGUUUGGGAACAAUCGAUAUUACUUUACAUAAUCGAUUUGAUGAACCAACGGAUAUUACGCGUAUGGAAUUUCCAACAUAUGGCAAUUGUUUUUCAUUUAUUUGGAAUACAACAGGACCAAAUAAACUUAUUAUCAACGCAGAUUCUACUCAUCAAAUCGGGAAACUUACUUUUGAUAUGGUAUCAUUAUGUAAUAGUAUUCAAAUACCAUCAGAAUCAACGUGUUAUUGUGGUCUAAAUAAUCAUCCAGAAUUUAAACAACGAUGGGAACAACAUGUAUCUGCAUUAAAUACAUAUGAACUUGAUGAUAUAUUAGUAACAAAAUUUCGAAAUCUUUGGAAAGAAUGGACUUCACUUGUUCGAAAACAACGUAUUCAAACAAAUAUUUGGCUUGUAACAGAUCAAGCUGAUGUAUCAUGGCCAGUAACAAUAGGUUUUGUUUGGCCAUCUGUAUUGGAAUUUAUGACAUCAACAGUAUCACGUACACCGAUUAUUAUUGAUUAUCAUCUUACAUUACUUAAUACAACAAAAGCACAUAAUAUUGUUAUAACAAAUCCAUCUUCAACUAUUCUUCAAUAUUCCGUUGAACUUGUCAGUCAUUAUGAAAAUAGAAAAGCUAAAAAAAAAGGAAGUCUAGUUAAGAAUUAUCAAGCAUUCGAUAUUUCAACGACAUUCAAACGAGUGGAAUUACUUAAUGAUAUAUAUAAAUUUAUACUUCAACCUAAUGAACAGAUUACGUUUACUGCAUCCUAUCGACCGAAAUUAUCAACAAAACAUGAAAUAUAUUUUGUUGUUCGAAAUAAUUUAACUAUAAUUGAAUCAAUACUUUUACGUGGUGAAGGUGGUAGUGGCAGUUUAACAGUUGGAAAUCGUAAAGCUGGUUCAUCCGAUAUUCCACUUGUUUUAGAAAUGAACGAAAAACAAUACAAACUGUGUUCAAGUUAUCAUUCUACAGAUAAUUCAGGCGGAAAUCCAAUUUUAUUAAAAAUAGUAACACUUCGUAAUACAGGAAAUAUCCGAGCAAUUAUUCAUGAUUUAUCAUUUGGUAAUUCGAAAUGUAAUGGACAAGGUUUUUCAGUAGAUACAUGUUCAGAAAUAGAAAUUGAACCAAAUGAACGUUAUGAUCUUCAUAUUCGCUUUCAACCAGAUUAUACAUUAGCUGAAAUAGCUGAAACUUUAACAUUAAAUACAAAUAUUGGCGUUAUGACAUUCCCAAUUAUUGUUCGAAUACCACAACGUGUAUUAGCAACAUGUUAUCAAACUAUUCCACGUCCUGUAUGGGAAAUACGAAUGUAUUGGUUAUGUGUAGUUUUUGCUGUAAUUCUAUUUAUAUUCGUUAUCGUAACAGCUAUUUAUGCAGCUCAUAGAUUAUAUCAUGAUUUCCUAGCUCGAGCAGAACUUAAUUGUCGAAUGACAACAUCAACUUCGAAAUUAUUUAAUCUUAAUGAUGUAGCUCCAACUGUACAAGAUGAACAAAAAAUGCCUGAACGAUAUGAAGCACGUACAAUAAAUAAUAAGAAAGAAAUAUUAAAAGAUGAAAAUAAAAUAAAAGAUAAUGAAAUGAAAUCUAAACGUGCGACUGUAACAACUAAUGGAAAUAAAGAAAAUGGAGAAAUACCACCGAAGACACCAAGAACUCCGGAUGGAUCGAAUACAAUUGUUAAAUCGGUAGCAGCUAGUCCAAAAGCGAUUACAAAUAAACAACGACGAGUAACAACAGAAAAUGGUCCAUUAAAAUCUUCUAAACAACAAGACACAUCAAUUAAAACACAACCAUUAAAAUCACAAAAAUCAGGUAAUACUGAACCAUCAACUGUAAUAACAUCACGUUCAUCAACUCCUCCUUCGAAUGUUUCAUCGAUUGCUGUAACUGAUGAAGAAAAUGAACCAUUUACAGUUCCUCGACCAAAACGUGUAUCAGGCAAAACAAAAGAAACAAGUUCUAAUACUGUACCCAUUAAAUCGACAACAACAAUUCCGGUUAGUGUUAUUCCAUUACAACCAACACCUUCGCCACCACCACCACCACAAACAACAAUUCCAAAAUCAUCAUCUACACGUUCUGAACUAUCUGAACAACGACAGCAUCAACAAGAAUUAUCACGUUCAAGUGAUUCAAUCAAUGAUCAACAAUGGCAUAUGGUCAGUUCUAAUCGAAGUCUACGCAAAGGAACAACUAGUACAACUACUGGUCGACGUGAAACAGCAGAUGAAUUUCAACCAAUACAUAAAACAAAUAAAAUAGCCUCAAAUAACGCUGAAAAUCCAAUGGUAUCAUCAAUAUCAUCAUCUCGCACGCAUACUUCUGUGUCUAAUCAAAUGACACAGACACGUCGUCGUCGAGGACGGCGCCCAACACGUCCUCUGUCGCCUACGCACGCUCCUAAUUUAACAAAAGGAACGAGUUUACAGCCUAAUAAUUCACUACGUGUUAAUAAUCGAGAACUGGCAUUUCGUCAGUUAACUGAACAGUUAUGGGCAGCUGGAUUACCGUCAUCAGCGACGGCUUGUUCUAUGUCUGUACGUUCACGUUGCUCAUCAGCACCACCGUCUGAACGUGGUGGACGUAGAGGUGGUUAUGAUGAUGAAGAAGAAAAUAUCGAUUGGGAUGAACCAGAUAAACCUGAUGAUGACUUUGGGCGAUAUGCUUCACAAACAGAACAAUGUAUGGAAGAAUCUAAUGGUAUCAAUGAAUGGACACAACAACCACCAUCAUCAUCGACAACAACAACAAUCAAUGAAAUUCCAGCACUUAUGUCUAUACCAGCAGCACCAGUGCUGUUAACAAAUAUUCCAUCAAAAAUAAUAAUACCUGCAUCAAUUGUUAAAGAAGAGAUUGAACCAUUACCAUUUCCACAACAUGGCCCGGGUCCAAUACAACGACCAAAUAAACUUAUAUGUGCACCAACACAACAGACAUUACCUUCAUUUUCAACAAAUUCUCUUCAAUCACCUGAAACACCUGAUGUACUCGAUCAAAUUAAUCGUUUUUUAAAUACUCAAAAUAGUACUUCAGAAACAACCCCAACAACAGUUUCAACACCAUCAAUUGUUCAUAAUUCAUCUGUACCAGUAAAUGAUUUAACAACAUCAAAUAGUCCAUGGACAACAUUUUCACCAUCAGAAUGGCCAUCAAAAUAUGAAACAUCAUGGUCAUUAACAAAUAUUCAGAGUCCUACAGUAUCAUCAACAACAACACAAGUACAAAAUCCAUUUGCAUUUAUGUCAACAAUGAAUGGACAACCACGACCAGCAACAAGAGUAGACCCAACUAUUUGGUCAUCAGUAUUAGGAACAGAAACACCACGUAUGUUAUCAGCAAGUGCACGUACAUUACGUGCUUCAGCAUGGAAUGAUGCAUUUUCAUCAACUGUACCUUCGAUUGUAGAGCCUCCGAAACCAGUAAAUAAUACUUGGUCAGCAUUCUGGCCUGUAUCCGAUCCAUCAUCAGCAGGUGGUGCAUCAUCCAAUGGACCUGAAACAGAAACAAAUAAUCAAUUAUGGUCUUUAGGUGGCCUACCUAAUGAAACAGUAAUUUCAUCAACAACACCAACUCAACAACCAUCGUCAACUAUGUGGUGGUCAGGUUCAUCAUCUGAUGAAAAUAAUAAUAGAAGUCAAACAAAUCAAUUAAAUGAUGAUACAACAAACAAUCGUGAUAAAUCUCGAUGGGAUUUUGCUCGUUAA